AUGUAUCCAUAUCUGCAAGGCGGGCCGCGCAUGAUGGGCUCCUUUCCAGGGAUGCCACAAUCACAACAAGGUGGUGCCGGUGGCUUUCCCUUUGGUGGAUCAGGGUCGAGUAACACGACGGGAGCAGCGAGUCUAGCAUCACAACUGGCCGGUCUCUCAGGGCAAUCAGGCGCUCAAUCGCAAGGGCAGGGGCAAGGGGGUGAGCUCAAUCUCAGCGACUUUCCCGCACUGGGAGGAGGGCAGGGGCAGCAGGGCGGUGCGCCUGGUCUCGGCGGCCUCAACAACCCAUUGUCGAGCUAUGCGACGCAAGCAGGGACAGGAGGUGUGACAGCGGGCCUUCGCGGUGGCGCUCCAUUGCGGAACUUCAACCAGGACGACUUUCCGGCAUUGAACAACCAGGCCGGCGCGGCAGAAGGACGCACAGGUGAAGAUGGAUUCCCUCAUGGCGUAGCGGAACAGGUCUCAGCAGCAGCGGCACUUCAGCAUCAACAUCAGCAGCGCGAGCAGCACCGACAGAGCCUGCUGGGCUCGGUAGUAGGAGGGGCGCGAACGGAUGCAUCCUUGUCAGCAGCGAGAGGCGGGUUUGGCGAGCUAGAUCGCAACUAUGCAACCAAGCCAGGAGCGGGGCCACCCGGUCCAGGGUUGGGUGUCCAGCAGCAGACGUGGGCGCCACCCGGUUCGCUGUUCAGUAACAAUGGAGGAGCAGGACCGAAUCAACUCAACGGCCUUCAACGCUCGUCUUCGCCAUCCUCAGCACGAUCACCGCUCUCGAGUGUUCGCAAUGCAGCCGGCAACCUGGGCGCAUCUUCACCGUUGACCGACAACGCCUCGGUGCGAAACGACUCGAUCCAGGGCGGCGCAGGCGCAACGCAUCAGACGGGAGCGAUGGCACAAACACCAGCACAGCAGAUCCUCACCUCUCCCGCGGAUCGAUUCGGUCUCCUCGGUCUACUGUCGCUGAUCAAAUCCUCUGAUCCCGAUCUCUCGAUGCUCUCGAUGGGUGUCGAUCUGCAAACGUUCGGCCUCAACCUCAACCAGUCCGACCCCUUGCAUCCGUCGUUCAUCACGCCGUGGUCGGAGAACAACAUGCUGGCCUCGUCCCGCGUCGAACCCGAAUUCACGCUGCCGUCGUGCUACAACGUCCAACCGCCGCCGCCGGCGCAGAGCAAGAUCGCGUCUUUCUCGGACGAAACGCUCUUCUUCAUCUUCUACAGCACGCCGCGCGAUGUGCUGCAGGAGGUGGCGGCACAGGAGCUGUACGCGCGCAACUGGCGAUAUCACAAGGAGCUGCAUGUGUGGUUGACCAAGGAACAGGGCACCGAGCCGACGCAGAAGACUCCGACAUAUGAAAGGGGCACGUAUGUGUUCUUCGACCCAAGCGUUUGGGAGAAGGUCUCCAAGAGCUUUCAUUUGAUGUACGAGAUGUUGGAGGAGAAGGUGCCGGUGCGACGGGAGGGUAGUCCGGGUGCUGUGCCCCAGCAGGCGUAG